AAAAAAAAAAAACCCGGCUCAUGGCACACUAAAGUAUAUAAGUAUGCGCAGAGAAGCAACUAUAGGAGUGCUUAGUGAAGUAUAAUAAGUGUGAAGAAGUACCAAGGAGGAGGAGCGGUACAUAGCGGAAUAGCCCAAAAGAAGAAGAAGAGGAAUCAGCCACUGUCCUCCAUGGCUGGCGCUGCGGGGCGGUAGACUGCGGCACACACGGAUCACCUCGCGGCCCCUCACGCCCGCAGCCUCCCUCUCUCCGCCUCCACACCUGGUAAAUGCCAGACAGCAUGUGGCAUGAAGCAAGAAAGCAGGAGCGGAAGAUACGAGGGAUGUUAGUGGACUACAAGCGACGUGCUGAAAGGAGGCGAGAAUACUAUGAAAAGAUUAAACAAGACCCAACACAGUUCAUCCAGCUGCAUGGCCGGCCUGUCCGAAUCCACCUGGACCCAGCGGUGGCCAGUGCUGCUGAAGCGCCAGGCAGCAUGAUGCCUUGGAGGGGUGAUGCAGACUCCAUGAUUGAUCGCUUUGAUGUCCGGGCUCACUUGGACACCCUGCCGCCCCCUUCAAACACCUCCCCCAAGCUGACCGCAGAGGAGGACUGGGAGGAACGCCAGGCGAACUAUGAGCGUUACCGCAUCCUCAUCCAAAAUGAUUUCCUUGGAAUCAAGGAGGAGAAGUUCUUGCACCAAAUCCGUUUGGAGGAACAGUUUGGGCCCAUUGUCAAUAAGGCCAUUGAGGAGGAGAAAAAAGCACUGGCCCCCAAGAAGGCAGCCAUUGCCUUCACCUACACUGAAGAUGUAGAACCAGAAGAUAAGGAGAAACCUGACUCCAGUGCUGAUGCUGCAUUACCAGAUGGUGGGGAGGAGGCAGCCGGUGAUGGCAGUGAUGAAGAGAGUGACAGUGACAUUGAUCUUGAUUUGACAGUGGAUGUGAUGUCACUGUCCAACACACAACAACAGGAGAUGAACACUUCAGGGGUGGAAUAUGGCCUCAACCAGGAUGACUUCAUGUCCCUCAUCAGCCGAGACCUACAGGAGGCUGAGGAGCUUAGGGUAGCCAAGGAACAUGAGGAUGAGAAGGCCAUGUACUCGGGCCGUAAAUCUCGCAAAGAGAGGCGGGCAUUAAAGAAAAAGCACAUGGAUCGAAAGUUUAGUCCCCCAAGCUAUGCAGCACGAGCCAGUCCUACUUAUGCCCCAUAUCGGAGGUCUUCCUCCCGCUCCAAGUCCCGUUCCCCAACCCCUCCAGGGGCAGGAACCAUCAAAUUCAUUACCAGCUUUGGGGGAGAGUCAGAUGGUGCUGGCUCUGAUGAUGAUGGGGUCACUGGGGUCAUCAUUCUGCCUAAGGGUGAUCGUAGUGGACGUGACCGCCGCAAGAACCGUUGGGACCAGAAAAACCGAGAGGGGAGCGGAGCAGGCCACCGCUCAGGCAGCUCAGGCCCCAGCAGCAGCCACCAUGCCACUGCCUCCAGCCACUCCUUCUCAAAGAAACGGCGCCACAUAUCUCGCAGUCGGUCACGGUCACGCAGUCGCUCCAGCAGCCGAUCUCGUCGGCGCCACAGGUCUCGACGCUCACGCUCCAGGUCACGCUCCUACACCAGGCACUCACGGUACACCAGGUCACGCAGCAGAUCACACACAAGGUCAAGAUCACGAGACAGACAUUCAAGUUGGAGGAGGAGUCGAGGGCCUCAUAGACGCUCUCACAGUCACUCAAAAUCUCACAGCAGAUCCAAGAGUUUAGGCAAGAAGACUCCCUCCCCCCCUCCAAAGACCACUCCCUGCACUGUGACCGCACCAACCCAACCAGUAACUGUAGGGGAACCGCUGGAUCCCCCUGCAAAGCUUCCAUCGCCCCCCUGUCGCCGCUACUAUGGACGCAGGGGGCAGGAAAGUAACUCUGAUACAGCCUCUGAGUCAGAGCCAGAGGAUACUUCAGCAAGCAACACCAAUGCAAGCCAAAAUUCUACAAAUACCAAUAUAAAAACUAAUAUACUGGUGCCCCCAGCUACAGUGGGUAAUGGUUCUGCUGCUGCCAAAGAUGGACCAAAAUUAACUCCUCAGGAGCGACUAAAGAAGAAAACUCAAGCGUUGUUGAAGAAGCAGUUCAAGGCGGAUAAACGUCUGGAACGUGAGCGAGCAGAGAAAGCAGAACAGGAGCGACAGGACAGGGAGGAGGAGCUGCGAGAGAUGGCCAUCAGGUUGAGGCGCAGGGAGAGAGAGAAGCGUCACCGCUUGCAAGGAGAGGACUCAAGUUCUGAUGGGUCUAGGUCACGCUCAGGGUCUGGCUCAAGGUCAGGGGGUUCACGCUCCAGGUCAAGAUCAAAAUCAAGGGGAAGGUCAAAAUCCCGGCAGAGAUCAAGGUCGUGUCAGCGAUCAUCAUCUCGAUCAAAGUCACCAUUCCCCUCUAAACAAGUACCUGCUGGAAGGUGGGCAGAUGGCAUGCGUGGAAGAGAGCGCAACACUUCCUCUGAGUGGGGCAGGGAGGGUCAUGGCAGACAGUGGGGCUCCUCUCACUGGGAAUCGCACCCCCCACCUGACAGACAUAGGGACUCCUACAGGAGACGGUCUCGAUCUUACAGUCCUUCAGGGCGAUGGGAAAGAGACCACCAUAGCUCAAAUAGGAGCCGCAGCAGGAGUCGAGGGAGAGACUAUGGCUACAGUAACAGCAGCAACACAGCUUCAUCCAGUGGAGGAGGCUUUAGGAGAAAACCUUUCCGGGAUUAUGACAGAGACAGAGACUGGGACUGCCCUGACCGUGAUGCUCCUCAAAGGAAUGAAGUCUUCCGAGACUACCAACAUGGGUACCAGCGAGAUUACCAGCACGGUUACCAGCGGGACUACCAGCAUAGAAACUAUCACCAUAGGGAAGGCCGGGAGAGGGAAGGACAACCACAGGACUUUCGGAAUCGCCACCAGAGGGACCAUCCAAGGGAUGGUGGCAGGCCACCUAACCGGCAGCAACAGAGCCAUGGCUACAAUGAGGAGAGAGACGAGGGCGGUCGUAUUGGGAGGAUCCGCUUAGUAGACUACUAAAGAAGACUUUUCUUUUGCCUCAAUAAUGAAAAUGAAUGUGGGAAGUGUCAAUGCUCUGUUUUAAAGAUCACCACAUAUCUCCUUUUCUUCAUGUCACUCCAGGUUUGAAAAUGAAAAUAUUUGACAAGAAAAGUGUGGGAGAUUUGUAUUUUUAUAAUUUUCUACAGCAGUCUUGUGAAAAGAUGAAGUACUAGUACAUUUUUACUGUAAUCGAGUGUAAAGAUCCUGUUCUUGUAGACAUUUUAGUAUGAGUGAACAUUACCCUGAGUAAUACAACUACUUAACCAGUGGUGGAAUUCAAUUUUUUUAAGAACAGGUUCUCUCUAUGAGGGGUUUACCAAAAUAAGUUAUAAGUAAAAGGUGUUCAUGGGGAAAAAUUGGGAACCCCUGAUUUAAGCUAACAGUAACAACCGAUUCUUGGGAUUAAAGUAAUUCCAAGAACAGGUUCUUGCGAACCGGUGCGAACUGGCUGAAUCCCACCACUGUACUUAACUCACUGCAUUACUUAUGUGCUACUGUAUUCUGCUCCCAAAAUAAUUGUCAAGCUUUUAGUAUAAUGAAGUAACCACCUCCCACCAAGGUUUAAUUCCAGUUGUAAAGACGUGAAUGAUAUAUGUUAAAUUACUCAAAUCUUUCUUACUUUUCUUCCAUUACUUGUAUUAAGUUCAGUGUUUUAAGAUAACUAACAAUCCUGAUACUUUAUUUAUUACACACACACACACACACACACACACACACACAUGCACACACCGCUCCAGUGGCUCAAUCGAUAGAGCGCUGCGCUGCAAGGCUUAACGGCCAAACAGGCGACAGUUCGAGCCUCACUCAGGCCGGAUUCUUUCGGUUGACUAGGAGUGGUUACUAUCCCCCCUUGAGCAAGGGGGAUGGGGUGUGUGCUGUGUGAGGUCUUGGCAGUACCCAGAGAUCAACGAUAAUGAGCACUUGCUCUCGUCGGGAGGAUACCUGCUGGCGAAAGCAAGUCCAACUCGUGAUCAGGCCGUGGUGAAUUACAUAUAUAUAUAUAUAUAUAUAUAUAUAUAUA